UUAUAGACAAGCCUAAUUUUGAAUCCACUAGAAAUAUAAAAACAGAUAAUUGUACCACUACCAAGAAGUCUACAAUAUACUGUGUCUGUAAUUUAGCAUAUGACAUAAAUUUAUAAAAAUCGGGCAUUACAUGUUAUGCAUUUAAAGUCUGCUCAAGACUGUAGAAGUUAUGCCUAUUUCUGCUUCAUUACUAUUUUUUAUUUAACCUUUAUUUAACUAGGCAAGUCGGUUAAGAACUAAUUCUUAUUUACAAUUACGGUCUACCAAAAGACAAAAAGCCUCCUGCGGGAACAGGGUCUGGGAUUAAAAAUUAAAAAUAAAAAUAUAGGACAAAACACACAUCAGAACAAGAGAGACACCACAACACUGCAUUAAGAGAAACCUAAGACAACAACGUAGCAUGGCAGCAACACAUGACAACACUCAAUAAUGAUGACCUUUGUGGUGAUUUGUCACUUCAGCCCCGCAUGCAAAGCCCCUGUCUGAAGUCUGUCAGGUCAUAAUUGAUCCAUCGGCUCUUGGUCGACCAGAACACCGCCCCAUCACGACAGCUUUACACUAAUCUCCUCAAAGUCGUUUUUGACUCGAUGGGACAACACCUUUCAGGCCCUAUGCUCUAUCUUUUGAGGUGAGGUAUAGUCCUCGCCUCCCGCCUGGAGAAGGAGCCACAUUGAGCCACACUCCUAGGUGCAGCAUGACGAGAGGAAGCCUGAGCGCGAGUUCCUUCAACGGGACAUCUUCUUUCUCCUUACCAUCAUAUUUUCCUAUUUGUGGUGGAGUAACGGACAUCUCGUCAUCGUUACCAAACAAGGUUCUAUUAACGACAAAGACAAAUAAAGCGUGCUCCUUCAGUGUUGAAGUUAUCCUUUCCGUGGGUCCUUCCUGGGAAGCAGCUGCACAACAAGCCAUGAACAACCAGCAACCAGGCGGAGGCGCAAGGCACCAUCCGGCGAUGCUGACUUGGUCGCAUAUUGGAGACACAAAUUCACUUCACACAGUUUACUACCAGCAUCUAAGUGGUUAUAAUCAAGGGCAACCGGGCAGGCUUUCCAGGGGAACCUUCGUGCGGAGAUCUGGCAGGAGAAUCCGUACCAGCUACACCGACAACCAGCUGACCAAACGAGAAGAAGUGCUCAGUAAGCAGCGGUACAAGACCGGGACUGAGAAGAUGCUUCUGGCCUCAGCGCUGAGACUGACCCAGACACAGGUCAAAGUCUGGUUCCAGAACAGGAGAACGCGGUGGAGGAAGGCCCAUGGGGACAUUGCCGGUGUACCGGAGAGCCACGCUCACGGUGAAACACCGAGCAAGGAGACGGAUGAGUUGAUUUCCGUGGACAAUGACGAGUCAUGGGUGUAUUUUUGAUUUAAAGUUAUACUACUAAAUGCCUUGAGGCCAUCGUACACAUUCACGGUGAUUCUUGAAUUAUUGUCAAACGAGAGACUUAUCUAUAUUUUACCACUGUCUGGCCUGGCAUGUGAUGCUUCAGCUCGUCAAUCAGCUAUCAACUAGGCUGAAGAUUUAGCCGUGUCAUUUUUGUUAUGUAUUUUAUAUUCCUCUUUCACAACAUAGGAUAUAGGCCUUGCUUUCUGUACUGAACCCAGGAUAUAAGCCAAGCUUUCUAUACUGAACCCAGGAUAUAGGCCUAGCUUUCUAUACUGAACCCAGGAUAUAGGCCUAGCUUUCUAUACUGAACCCAGGAUAUAGGCCUUGCUUUCUGUACUGAACCCAGGAUAUAGGCCUUGCUUUCUAUACUGAACCCAGGAUAUAGGCCUAGCUUUCUGUACUGAACCCAGGAUAUAGGCCUUGCUUUCUAUACUGAACCCAGGAUAUAGGCCUAGCUUUCUGUACUGAACCCAGGAUAUAGGCCUAGCUUUCUGUACUGAACCCAGGAUAUAGGCCUAGCUUUCUGUACUGAACCCAGGAUAUAGGCCUAGCUUUCUGUACUGAACCCAGGAUAUAGGCCUAGCCCUCUGUACUGAACCCAGGAUAUAGGCCUAGCUUUCUGUACUGAACCCAGGAUAUAGGCCUAGCCCUCUGUACUGAACCCAGGAUAUAGGCCUAGCCCUCUGUACUGAACCCAGGAUAUAGGCCUAGCCCUCUGUACUGAACCCAGGAUAUAGGCCUAGCCCUCUGUACUGAACCCAGGAUAUAGGCCUAGCCCUCUGUACUGAACCCAGGAUAUAGGCCUAGCCCUCUGUACUGAACCCAGGAUAUAGGCCUAGCCCUCUGUACUGAACCCAGGAUAUAGGCCUAGCUUUCUGUACUGAACCCAGGAUAUAGGCCUAGCUUUCUGUACUGAACCCAGGAUAUAGGCCUAGCCCUCUGUACUGAACCCAGGAUAUAGGCCUAGCCCUCUGUACUGAACCCAGGAUAUAGGCCUAGCCCUCUGUACUGAACCCAGGAUAUAGGCCUAGCCCUCUGUACUGAACCCAGGAUAUAGGCCUAGCCCUCUGUACUGAACCCAGGAUAUAGGCCUAGCCUCCUACUUCUAUACUGCUGUUUUUUUCUGUUCUACUGAUUACUGUCUCUAUAUGUUAGUUUUUACUGAUAUUUUUUAGCUACUUGAUAUGCAAUUUGCUUGUAUUUUUGUCUAAUAAAUCUUUGG